GGCGCGUGUUAUGCUUUGUGCGCGACCUGUCAUCGUCGUCGCCGUCGUCGCCGUCGUCGUCGUCGUCGUCGUCGUCGUCGUCGUCGUCGUCGUCUUCUCUCACUCUUUGCCGAGAGACAAACCCAUCGACAACGUGUACGAAUCGUAUACGAGCGAGUGCGAGCCACUUGUUAAGCCACCCCCUACGUGUCGCGUCCCCGUAUAAUCCCCAUUUGUUGUUAUCGUCCCGUCCUCGUUGCCGUUUCUUUAGUUAAUAUCGUUGCAGUUGCUGUUGUUAUCGCUGUUAUUGUUGUUGUCGUUCACGUUCUUUCGUGCCUCAUCGUCGCGGAGUGCGUGUUUACAAUUGGUCGUGGGGUUUCUUGUUUAAUUAAAUUUUUAUAUUUGGUGGUUUUGCCGGCAAGGUCGCCGAGCUCUGAGUAAGCUUGGAUCGAUCUCGAUGGCUUGAAAGGGAGCAGGACCGAGCGGUUGUAAGCUAAGCGCGCUAAUUACGAAGAAAUCGAAAUGGUGGAACUGAGUGCCAGCAACACCGGCCAGCAGCAGCAGCAGCAGCAGCAGCAGCAGCAGCAGCAACAACAACACCAGGCUGCUGGCCCAAUGGGGAUAAUGAUUGGUUUAGCUUCGGCGGCCACGUCCUCGUCGUCCUCGUCGUCAGCGGCGACUGGCGCCUCGAGUUCCUCGGUCUCGGGUCGCGCCGGGAUCCUAGAGACUCAGGUCCGCGGUCAAUGGUACCGCGUGUUUAUCUCCCUCGAGGACGACUAUCUCAGCAUCUCCCUGGACGAGAGCUGCGAUAGCACCGGGAGCUCAGCCUCGGCAACGUCCACCGGCAACGGUAUCAACGGCAACGUCAACAAUAACAAUAUCGACAGCCUGGGUGAUCCAGACGUGCCGGACUCCGUGGCCAACCAGAAGAGGACCGUACGCGUCAUUAAGAGCGACAACAACGGCUUGGGCAUAUCGAUCAAGGGCGGCAAGGAGAACAAGAUGCCCAUCCUUAUAUCGAAAAUAUUCAAGGGCAUGGCCGCUGAUGCGACCGAGCAGCUUUACGUCGGCGACGCCAUACUCGCGGUUAACGGCGAGGACCUUAGAGAGGCUACCCACGACGAGGCAGUCAAGGCGCUCAAGAGGGCUGGCAAGGUCGUCGAACUUGAAGGUGAGUUCUUAAUCGCUAUUUUAUGAGGUGGC